AUGGAUUCAAGUGCCGCAACUCUUCUUCUCUCUCAUCCAUUGGAGAUCAAGCAUGACAGAGAAAAUGGGCUUCCCUUCCAUCCAUUGGAGCUCAAGAAUGAGAGAGAAAAUGGGGUUGUCUGCCAUCCAUUGGAGCUCAAGGAUGAGAAAGAAAAUGGAAUUCUCUGCCAUCCAUUGGAGCCUAAGGAUGAGGGAGAAAAUGGGGUUGUUUUUGACACAGUUAAGCUUCAAAAACAAGCUAGCUUGCCAACAGAGUUCAUUUGGCCACAUGGGGACUUGGUUCACACUCAAGAAGAAGAGCUCAAAGAGCCCCUAAUAGACCUAAAAGGGGUUUUCAGAGAUGAUAAGAGAGAAAUUAUAAGGGCAGCUGAGCUAGUUAGGGCAGCUUGCAUGAACCAUGGCUUCUUCCAAGUCACCAAUCAUGGUGUGGAUGCAGAACUCAUAAGUGCUGCCCAUGAUCAGUUGGAUGCUUUCUUCAAGCUUCCCAUUAGCAAGAAGCUUGCUGCCCGUAGAAAUCCGGGCAGCGUGUGCGGUUAUUCUGGUGCCCAUGCUGAUCGGUUUUCGUCGAAAUUACCGUGGAAGGAGACACUUUCAUUUGGAUAUAACCAUGGGAGUGAUACUGAGCUCUCUGUGGUUGAAUAUUUCAAGUCCACAGUUGGAGAAGAAUUUCAAGAGACAGGGUUGGUUUACCAAAGAUAUUGUGAAGCAAUGAAGGAAUUAUCUCUUGUAAUAAUGGAACUCCUGGCAAUUAGCUUGGAAGUAGAACGUUUACACUAUAAGAAUUUCUUUGAAGAUGGGCGUUCAAUAAUGAGGUGCAAUUACUAUCCACCAUGCAAAGAACCUGACCUCACGCUCGGCACUGGUCCUCAUUGUGAUCCAACCUCCUUAACAAUCCUGCAUCAAGAUCAAGUUGGGGGACUGCAAGUUUUUGCAGCUAACAAAUGGCAAUCCGUUCGCCCUCGCUCCGACGCCCUCGUCGUCAACAUUGGUGAUACAUUCAUGGCAUUAUCCAAUGGGAGAUACAAGAGUUGCCUACAUAGGGCAGUGGUGAACAAGGAGAGAGAGAGGAGAUCAUUGGCUUUUUUUGUGUGCCCAAAAGAAGAUAAGGUGGUGAGACCCCCUCAGGAUCUUGUUGACAGAGAAGGGCCAAGGAAGUACCCUGAUUUCACAUGGUCAGAUUUGUUAGAAUUCACACAAAAACACUACAGAGCUGAUAUCACAACACUCCACAGCUUCACCCAUUGGCUUCUAUCCAAUAAGCCCCCAACCUAG